UCCAUAAUGUUUAAUAAUUUAUUUAUUAUUACUAGUUUGUAAUAAUGUAAGAAAUUUUUUCGAAUUAUACAUAAUUAUAUGUAUGAAAUUCAAUUUUGAAUUGGAUCACAAAGAAUUGUCAUUUCUAUUUGUGAUUGAAUGUUUACAAAUAGGGGAGGUAAUUUUAAACUUCCAAGUGUAAACUAAUAAAGAUAAUAUUUUAUCUACAAACAUUUGUCUUAGUUUUAGACAAAAAAAAAAAAAGAUUAAAUUAUCUCUUGUUUGAGAUGUUUAAUAAAAAGUCAUUAAUCUCUUGUUUGAGAUGUUUAAUAAAAAGUCAUUUUCAAGAAAAAAUGCGCACUAAGAAAUUUGAUGUUUGGUCAAAGGUACUAGAAUAAUGUUACUUCUAGUGUUCCAUAUUUAUUUAAUGUGGAAGAAGACCCAUUGACUUUUAGUGAUGCUAUGGCAUCACAAGAUAGUGCAUUUUGGAACGAGGCAUAGAUGAUGAGAUGCAAUCCAUCAUGGGGAAUAAUACUUGGGUAUUAGUAGAUCUCCCACUGACUUGUAAAUCAAUUGGUUGCAAGUGGAUCUUCUGCAAGAAGAUGAAAAUUGAUGGAACUAUUGAUAAGUUCAAGGCCUGUUUAGUGGCACAGAGCUUCAGACAAAAGCUUGGUAUUGAUCAUUUUGAUACAUAUGCACCAGUUGCAAGGAUAACCACCAUUAGGUUGUUGGUAGCGUUGGCUACAAUUUAUCAUCUAGAGGUCUAUCAAAUAGAUGUGAAAACCGCAUUCUUAUACGGUGAGCUAGAUGAGGAAAUUUACAUGAAACAACCCGAAGGGUUUGUUUUGAAAGGACAAGAAAAUAAGGUUUGUAAACUUGUUAAGUCACUAUAUGGACUUAAACAAGUACCAAAACAAUGACAUCAAAAGUUUGAUGAAACUAUAUUGUCCUUUGGAUUCAAGUUGAAUCAAGCGGAUAAAUGCGUUUAUAGCAAAUUUGAUAACCAUGGCAAUGGAGUUAUCAUUUGCUUAUACGUGGAUGACAUACUCAUCUUUGGUACUAGUAUAGUACAUAUCCAAGAGACAAAGAAUUUUUGUCUAAAUCCUUCCAAAUGAAGGAUAUGGGGGAGGUCGAUGUGAUCUUAGGCAUAAAGAUCAAAAGAGAUGGUGGUCAUAUUAAGCUUAGUUAAUCUCAUUACAUUGAUAAAGUGCUUAAUAGGUUUAAAAUUGCAAGAUUCGACACCAAUCUCAAGUCCCAUGGAGCAAGGUAUGAAAUUUACCAAGCAUACCGGAAAACCAAUUUCUCAAUUAGAGUAUGCAAAGAUUAUUGGAUCUUUGAUGUAUGCUAUGACAUGUACAAGGCCGGACAUAGCAUUUGCGGUUGGUAAUUGAGUAGAUUUACCAGUAACCCGGGUCCCCAACAUUGGUUGGCGAUAAGGAGAGUAUUACGAUACUUGAAAGGAACCAUAAAUUAUGGUAUAACUUAUAGUGGUGAACCUCCUAUUUUGGAAGGUUAUUCCGAUGCUAGUUAGAUCACAAAUGAAGAGGAUAAUUCUUCAACUAGUGGUUGGGUGUUUGUUUAUGGGGGAGGUGCCAUUUCAUGGGCUUCCAAGAAACAAAUGGUAAUAGCAGAUUCCACUAUGUCUGCGGAAUUCAUUGCACUCGCCUCGGCGGCAAAUGAAGCGGAGUGGUUAAGGAAUCUCAUGUUUGAGAUACCUUUGUUGCCAAAGCCAAUUUCACCGGUGGCAAUUUAUUCGGAUUGCACAACGGCUUUGGGAAGAGCUUAUAGUCAAGUGUAUAAUGGUAAGUCGAGUCACAUUGCUCUAAGACACAGUCUAGUGCAAGAUCUUAUCAUUCAUGGGGUCAUAACUCUUGACUAUGUGAACACCAAGUUCAAUUUGGCGGAUUUUUUCACUAAAGCCAUGAGUAAGGUUUCAAUUGAACAAGCGUCAAUUGAGAUCGGUUUAUGUCAAUAAAGUUUAAAGGAAAGUCCCAAUUCACACACAAGUAGCAUUGUGUCUUGAAUUCAAUGUGGUAAAGUCCUUUAAAGUCUUUGAAAGCAACAAGAAUGAAUGACCCAUAGUUGCUUUAGACCGUGAUGACAAGGUAGUCGCUUAAGUUCUCAAGGUCAAGGGUUGAAGAGCUCUUGGUGGUAUCCUAUCACGGGGAUAUGUUUUGCGUAGUGAGAACCUACCUAUAUAAGUUUGAAGUUUUGGCCGCUUCAAGUAGUCAAGAUUGGCAUAUCCGACUAUGAUAAACUUAUGAAUAGAUAUGGACACGGCCCUAUAUAAUGUGUCAAGGUAAAUGACAAUGUGUUAUUGGUUUUGUGUGUAUUUAACCUUCAAGUGGUUGGAUGGGCUAGUUGAUUCAAUCCGUAGGGACAUCAUUCUAGUUCGAUCGCUUGUGAAGUGUUUUAUACUAGGCGUUAAUUCAAUCCGUAGGGACAUUAGCGUUGAUGCAUGAAACGGAAUUAUAUACUUAAUGUGUAAAGGAAGAAGGAGGUUUCUUAUACUCUAAAUGGGGGAGGAUUGUUGAACAUUUAGAGUGUAUAAGCCUAGAUUUGUAUAUACUACAUACUUAGUAUAGUAGUGGGACUAAAUAAAUAUAUUAUAAGUCCAAAUUAAAUGCCUCAAAGAAUUUGAUGAAUCAUUACUUUGAUUCGUAAGUUUUGCUUGGUGAAACAUUACUUUGUUUCAUACGCUUUGCUUGGUGAAACGUUACUUUAUUUCAUAAGCUUUGUGAAACAUUACUUUGUUUCAUAAGCUUUGCUUGGUGAAACAUUACUUUGUUUCAUAAGCUUUGUUUGGUGAAACACUUUUGUUUCAAAAUGAGGUAUUGUUUGAUGCAUAGCUCUAUAAAUAGAGGUUGCAUGCCAAGGGACAUUCCAUCCCAAUUUCAUAUGAUUUAUGAUUUCUCUCUUAAGAAUACUCUUAUUCUUGUUCUUCCUUUCAUGAGAUAAUAUUGAGAGAGUAAUUAACUCUUAAUAUCAUCAAAGUUCAUAAUUCACUACAACACUUGUAUUUACUAUUGCAAUUUCCUUGUGCUAGGAUUUUGUUGUGUAGAUUGUAUCUCAUUGUGAAUUUCAUUUAUCAUCCCAAGCACCUUUGUGGGAGAAAUAUCACAAUAGGAAAGUGCAUGAACGCCUUCUACUGAUAUCAAGUUUCCGAGCGACUUCUUUGAUUGUCGCAACCUUAUCUUCAUGGUGUCCAUUUGGUGAUUUACAAAGCAAGGAGUUCCAUUGCCAUCCACACAAGGAAAAUACAAAUCGGUUUGUUUUAUUUGUAUUUGCAUUAUAUUUCUAAUACCCCCAACCCAUUAAUUUGAACAAAAAACAAAUAAUGUCAUUAAAGAAAGAGUCAAUUUUUAUAGUUUCAUUGAUCAUAUUAUGGUAUUCUUCAAAUAUUGGGGUUUUAUUAUUGAACAAACUUUUGUUAUCAAAUUAUGGAUUUGGGUUUCCAAUUUUUCUUACAAUGUGUCAUAUGUCUGCUUGUGCAUUUCUUAGCUAUAUUUCAAUUGUUUUUCUCAAGAUUGUGCCUUUACAAAGGAUUAAAUCAAGGUCACAAUUCCUCAAGAUUGCAACUUUAAGCCUUGUUUUUUGUGGGUCUGUUGUGGGUGGUAAUAUAUCCUUGAGAUAUCUUCCUGUUUCUUUCAAUCAAGCUGUGGGUGCUACGACACCGUUUUUUACUGCUUUGUUUGCUUAUCUAAUGACCUUCAAGAGGGAAGCUUGGGUUACCUAUGCUUGUCUUGUUCCUGUUGUUGGUGGUGUGAUCAUUGCUAGUGGGGGGGAGCCAAGUUUUCAUUUGUAUGGAUUUAUUAUGUGCAUAAGCGCCACUGCAGCAAGGGCAUUUAAAUCUGUUCUCCAAGGCAUCCUCCUUUCUAAUGAAGGGGAAAAGUUAAAUUCAAUGAACUUGAUGCUGUAUAUGGCCCCAAUUGCAGUUGUAGCCUUAGUUCCUGCUGUAUUUGUUAUGGAGCCUAAUGUACUACAAGUAUUUGUUUCUCUCGGGAUCGAGCAUAAAUUCAUGUGGAUAAUACUUCUACUUAAUUCGGUCAUGGCCUAUUCGGCCAAUUUGUCCAACUUCUUGGUGACUAAGUACACGAGUGCUCUUACUCUCCAGGUAUUAGGCAAUGCGAAGGGCGCUGUUGCUGUUGUUAUCUCAAUACUUAUAUUCCAAAACCCAGUUACCGUCAUUGGUAUCGGUGGUUACUCGAUGACUGUUCUUGGAGUAAUUGCUUAUGGAGAAGCGAAGUGGAGAUACAAGUAGUACAUUCUUUCAUUCAUUUUAUGUUCUCCCUUUGAUCAUAAUUUUUUGUUUCUUUUUGUUAGGAAGGAUGAGUUAGCCAGGCAUAUUUCGCCCUCUUCCCCUUAUUGUAACUUCAUUGAAUAUCCGAUAUAUAUCUUUACUAUAAUCAAUCGGUAUUAUGUUGAUAAAGAGACAUAGAGGAUUGUAACUUUAUCGAAUAUCAGAGAAUUAGUUGCAGAUAAUUUUAUCGAGUUUUCAUUCU